AUGACGCGCCAAAAGAAUCAGCAGGACUGCGCCAUCGCAACUGGUCCCGAGCCCAUAGCGAUUGUAUCCAUGGCGUGUCGCCUUCCCGGUCACUGUCUGUCUCCAGGGUCGCUUUGGGAAUUACUCCUGGAGGGACGCAUCGCGAUGUCCAACUCACCACCAAACUCGCGCUUCGACAUCAAUGGUCAUUUCGAUGGGUCGCGAAAGACUCACACCAUGGUUUCGCCCGGCGGAAUGUUCCUUGAAGACAUCGACCUGCACGGCUUUGAUGCGCAGUUCUUCAAUUUGAACAGAACCGAGGCUAUUGCCAUGGAACCACAACAACGCCAGCUAUUGGAAGUCGUGUACGAAUGCCUUGAAAAUGGCGGUAUAACCCUUGAGGACAUAUCUGGCAAAGGAAUUGGCUGUUUCGUAGCUAGCUAUGCAGUUGACUUCCAAGACAUUCAGGCCCGGGAUCCGGCAAACAGAGCCGAUGAUAUCGCCGUGGGUGUUGGUCGCUCCAUUCAGAGUAACCGGAUUAGCCACUUUUUGAACAUAACUGGUCCGAGGCAGGUGGCUCUCCAAUGCUCGUUCCACGGAUCCCUUAGAGGAACCGUCUCUGAAUCUGGAAGAUGCCACACGUUUGACGCGAAGGCCGAUGGUUACGUCAAGGCCGAGGCUGUCAACUGCAUCUUCAUCAAGCGACUCAAAGACGCGGUGCGAGACGGUGAUCCCAUAAGGGCCGUUAUUCGGGGUACCUCUUCCAAUAGCAAUGGCCGGACUCCUGGCAUUGCUAGUCCUAGCUCUGAAUCCCAGGCAUCAGCUAUCAGGGCCGCGUAUGCUUACGCCGGCAUAUCGGACUUUCGAACCACGAGCUUUUUGGAAUGCCACGGUACCGGAACUCAAGCUGGAGACCCUAUCGAAGCAAAUGGAGCUGGGAUGGUCUUUGCUGCAUCACGCGAUGAUGACGAACCCCUCAUCAUCGGUUCAAUAAAGAGCAACGUUGGACACUCGGAGAAUGCAGCUGGUAUCUCGUCACUCCUCAAAGCUACCAUGGCCGUUGAGUCAGGCCUCAUUCCCGGCACCCCAUCUUUCAUCACACCAAAUCCCAACAUUGACUUCAGAAAGCUUCGUCUGCUCGUAUCGAGAUCAGCGUUGAAAUGGCCGGAGUCCACAGACUCAUAUCGACGCGCUAGCAUCAACUCGUUCGGCUUCGGCGGUACCAAUGCCCACGUCAUCAUCGACUCGGCAGAGCAUUUUAUGAGAGAUCGAAACAUCCAACCUACGCUGGAACAUUCAAUAUCCUAUUGCCGUGAACUUGAUAGUUUCUUUGACGAAGUCAGUGAUGGUGAUGUCGAGAAACAUACGCCAGCAAGAGGGCCUUUUCGAGUUCUUGUCUUUUCCGCUGCCAGACUGGACUCUGUCAAGUCUUAUCUAGCAAGCCUGCGCGCACAUUUGACCAACCCAAGCGUGCGUAUGAAGAUGUCUGACCUCGCCUACACCCUGUCAGAUCGAAGAACGAGGCACUACCACCGGGCGUUUGACAUCGUGCCGAACAGUGAGUCUGUCAGGAGCGAUCAUGUUAAUCCUGAUACUGUCACAUUCGGCACGAAGGCUGCGCAGCCGCCAAGAAUUGGGUUUGUAUUCACAGGACAAGGAGCACAGUGGCCACAAAUGGGCCGCGAUUUGCUUGACUCUUUCCCCCUGACCGCCGGCCGUAUGAUCAGGAGACUAGAUGCUGCCCUCCAACGCCUCCCCGCCACCGUUAGGCCCAACUGGUUACUCCUCGGGGAAUUGACUGAAGAGAGAACACCAGAACAUAUGCGCCUGCCCGAGUUCGCGCAACCACUGGUCACCGCUCUGCAACUUGCAAUCGUGGAAGUUCUCACAUCUUGGGGCAUUUCCCCUCGAGCUGUUAUUGGCCACUCGUCUGGUGAGAUUGCAGCCGCUUGUGCUGCCGGAUUUCUUACUCCGGAAGAAGCAAUUGCAGUCGCAUAUCUUCGUGGAUAUGCGGCAAAAGGAACGCCGCAGUCUUUGGAGCCUCUGGGCAUGAUGGCGGUUGGACUCAGCGCCCACCAAGUCCAGCCGUACUUGGACAGAUUCCGCCGACGUGGAAAUGCAGACGUACCGCAAAUCGCUUGCUACAACAGUCCAUUAAGCGUGACGCUUGCUGGCACCGUUACAGCUCUACGUUUAGCCGGAGAGGCGAUCAACGCUGACGGUUACUUUACGCGCCUGCUGCAAGUUGAUUUGGCCUACCACUCGUCCCACAUGGCAGACAUUACUAAAACAUACGAGAGGCUAUUAACGGGCGCCAUGGACUGGGAGAAAAAAUGCGGACGAUCAAAUUCAGCCAACAUGUACUCAUCGGUGAUCAACGCAAUUCUGGGCUCUGGCACGAACCCUGACGUGGCAUACUGGGAGGCGAACAUGGUGUCGCCGGUUCGAUUCAAUGACGCAUGUCUAGAAAUGAUGAAGGACAGAGAAAAUGGCGCGGAUUUCUUGGUCGAGAUCGGCCCAAGUGACGCGCUUGCGGGCCCUAUUGAACAGAUCCGGAAGACAUUACCGGAUGGCGGCGCAAAUGUUACAUACACCUCGGCAUCAAAGCGCGGCGCAAAUAAUCUGCGUGCUCUCUACUCUGUCGCUGGUCAACUUUUCAUCAGAGGUGGGGAGGUGUCCCUGUUGAGGGUGAAUGCCAGUGAGAUUGCCGAAGGGGACACUCUCAGCAGACCAUCACUCAUUGUCGACUUGCCCAACUAUGCCUGGAACCGGUCAACCAAGUACUGGCACGAGAGCCAUGCAAGCCAAGAAUGGCGUUUCAAGAAAUUCAUCCAUCACGAUUUGCUUGGCAGCAAAGUUCCCGGAACGGCCUGGAACAUGCCAACAUGGAAGAACAUCCUGAAGUUGUCGGACCUCCCGUGGCUUAGUGACCACAAAAUCGGCUCGGACGUUGUCUUCCCUGCAUCGGCAUACAUCGCCAUGGCUAUCGAGGCAGUUCAUCAAUCAAUAUUGGUUUCUACGACAAAGGAUGGAAGGAACCAGAUCAACUGUGAUGAUUACCACUAUCAAUUGAGGGAUGUCAAAUUUUCAAAGGCGCUUGUGCUUGACGAGUCAGCCGAUGCUCAUAUAAUGCUCACCCUCAGUCCGUCACAGAGCCUUAAGUCAACUUGGCGAAGAUUCGAGAUCAUGUCAACCGCAAGCUCAGAUGUUCUACAUACUACCAAUCACUGUAGUGGCUUUGUUCGCUUACGCAAGGGCCAUUUCAAGAAUACACCCGCUGCACCGGAUGCUCUGACAAUGCCCUUAAAAUGCGCCACCCCAGGAAAAUUGUGGUACAACUCGAUGCGGGAUGCUGGAUACGGCUUUGGGCCAAAUUUCCAGAACCAUCUUGAGGUUGAGGCAAUCUUGGGCCAAGAGAAGAGCCGCUCGUUGGUGGCGCUCAAGGUUCCACCUUCCAAAUGGAAGCAGUCUCACUAUCCACUGCAUCCGGCGGCUAUGGAUGGCUGCUUCCAGAUAGUUUUGCCGUCUCUCUGGCGAGGUGACAGAAGCAGUAUCAACAAGCUCUUAGUUCCUGCAGGUAUAGACAGCCUGCACGUCGCCGUCUUUCCGCGAGACAGACACCCUGACAUCGGUCUUGCUCUUGGGGCGCGAAAGUACCUCGGCCGUGGCAGAAUUGAUGACCAGGUCCAUUUCGCUUCAUACUCGUCGGUUUACUGCCCAGCUACUGGCGACGCGAUUUUUGAUAUGAAAGGUCUCAGGCAUCACGAACUGGAGAUUCCCAACAGUUCUGCCGCGCCAUAUCCCUUCACUCGACUCGAGUGGAAACCCGACUUUGAACUCUUGAGAGACGGUGAAGCCAUCCGCGUGGCCGUCAGAAGAGCAGAUGACAUACAAAAGUCACCACUACAUGCAAUCCUUGACUUAAUAGCGCACAAAUUACCAGAGCUGUCUGUGCUGGAAGUCAACCUAAUUCAAGGCGAUACCACAAGUGUGUGGCUGGAUCAACCAGGGCCAGAGAAUGCUACGCGCGCUGCAUGCAAAGCAUAUCACUUUAUGAGCAAAUACCCAGAGAAUGUCCUUGGUGCAGAGAAGUUGUACUCGAGCAACAAUAGUGCCAAGAUGGCUGUGUCGGACCCCAGUGACAGCAACUUUGAACGCCCAACGGAGACCUUCGAUCUCGCUAUUGUGAAAUCACCGCCGAUCUCCAGCGACAAAUUAGCCGUUCUUUGCAAUAAUAUCGUUGGUGUUGUUGCCGAGAGGGGGACGGUGGUAUUUGUCCUGAUGUCAGAGCCACAGAGUGCCGCAACUGAGGCUAUAGAUAUCUUGCCGACGUCAUCGGGCGCUUCUGUCUCAACCGCAUUGUUCUUCGAGGAGUCCGAACGUUUCAACACGCGAUACGUCUAUCAAACGGAGUGCGAGACAGUUUUUGUAUUGUCCCUCCCAAGUGCUGUCACGGCCAGCGGUGGAGAAUGCACGAUUGCUCAUCUUCCUGGCACGGAAACGUCCGAGGCCAUCACCGAGAUCUGUCAGCAUUUGAGUGGGAAAGGCUGGAAGAUUGACGACCAUGGGUCAUGUUUAGAUUCUAUUCGGCCCGGAAGUCUCGUUCUUGUUCUGGACGAGCUCAUGACACCAGUUCUCACUACUGCUAACGAAGCGCAAUGGGAUGCCCUCAGAGCAUUGGUAGCAAAGGAAUGCAACAUGGUUUGGGUUACGCAGGGCUCCCAGAUGACUGUAACCAACCCGCACGCUUCAGUCACCCAGGGCCUUUUCCGAAGCAUUCGAUCUGAAGAGCCGCUGCUCAACAUCAUUACGCUCGAUGUCGAAUCCAGUGCUUGUGUUGCGGCUGGGACAAUCUCUACAGCUAUUGAUUCCGUCCUCCAGCAGGCUCAGAAGAAGCCGGCUCAUAAGAGAAAUGACUUCGAGUAUGCUGAACGAAAAGGCAUCCUCCAUAUACCCAGAUUUCUUCCAGACGAGAAAUUGAACAACUCUCAAAUGCAGGACACACCUACUGCACUAGCUGACCUUCAUGGCUCGAAGUCUACCAUCCGUUUGGUUACCGGCACGCGCGGCCAUAUCGAUUCUUUGCGAUGGGCAGAGGUUGGAAUGGAACUUGAGACACCCCUGAAGCCUGGGUACAUAGAGGUUGAGAUAUACGCAUCUAGUCUCAACUUCAAAGAUGUUAUAGUUGCGAUGGGGAUCAUCCCCGAGAACGAAAGCCUUCUCGGCCUUGACGGGGCUGGCAUCAUUACUCGCGUGGGACCGGGUAUUGCUGAUCGGCAUAUUGGCCAGCGAGUUGCAGUGUUCGAACGAGGUACGCUGGCUAAUCGUGUCAUCACACGUAGGGAGUACACAAUGGUUCUUACGGACAGCAUGUCCUUUGAAGAAGGAGCCAGCAUGCCUGUGGUUUUUAUCACAAGUAUGGAAGCUCUGCUCCGACUUGCUGGUAUUCGAAAAGGGCAGAAGGUCCUCAUUCACUCAGCUGCCGGUGGAAUUGGCAUUGCCAGCAUCCAGCUUUGUMAGUACAAGGGAUGCGAGGUAUAUACAACCGUUGGAUCACAGGAGAAAAGGGAGUUUCUCCAAAAGACAUUCAACAUUCCCAAUGACCAUAUAUUCUCCUCGCGAGACAUCUCGUUUGCUAGUCAAAUUCUGGCCGCAACCGACGGUUACGGUGUUGACGUCAUUUUGAACUCUCUCACUGGUGAGCUUCUGGAGGAGAGCUGGCGCAUCAUCGCCGCUGGGGGGGUUAUGGUCGAGAUUGGAAAGCAGGAUAUUCUCGAGCGCAGUACCCUACCCAUGGAGCCGUUCGCGCGGAAUGCCUCAUUCCGUGCUCUCGACUUAUCGCUCACAACCUUCUCCAAAGAAGUCAUCGGACAGCAUCUUGACCACCUCUACAAGCUUGUAAAACAGGGCGAUUUGAAGCCUAUCGAACCCAUCAAAAUUGUUCCGGUCAAAGAAAUUCGGGAGGCGUUUCGAUUACUCGGGAGCGGGAAACAUAUCGGGAAAUUAGUGAUUUCCAAUGGUAGCCCGGAGAACAGCACUCACGUUCCAGUUCAUCCACUUAAGCGAAGUUUGGCGCAAUGCUUGGAUGCUGAUGUUUCGUAUCUACUGGUUGGUGGCCUCAAAGGACUCUGCGGAAACUUGGCUGUCUGGCUUGCCAAAAACGGUGCCAAACAUCUAGCCGUUAUCACUCGUAGCGGCUACCAGGACGACAGAUCGCAGACGGUCAUCCGGGACAUUGAAGCCCAGGGAUGUGAAAUCAGCUUGCUCACGGGUGACGUGACACGCGAGGGUGACGUACGUCGCUGCUUUGCGACAGUCACUCCGCCCAUUGGGGGAAUUGUGCAAGGGGCGAUGGUGUUGAGGGACCGCAUGUUCGGCUCAAUGACACACCAAGAGUACCACGAGGCGCUCUCUUGCAAAGUCCAAGGAACUUGGAAUCUGCAUAAAGUCUCAGUGGAGCUCAACAUGUCACUGUCAUUCUUCACCAUGUUGUCCUCAAUCUCCGGAAUUGUGGGCCAGAAAGGCCAGGCUAACUACUCGGGUGCAAAUACAUUUUUAGAUUCAUUGGCAGUUUACAGACGCAGUCUUGGACUGCCCGCCUGCUCGGUCGAUCUGGGCAUUGUGGAGGGCAUUGGAUAUCUUGCCGAGCACGACAAUAUUUUUGAACUCGUUACAUAUCAGCAGGAGAAGGAUUCUACUCGGCAACCCAAUCCGCUCAGUGCGAGUCAAAUGGUUACUGGCAUUCGCAUUCCAAUCCCCAGCGACGCGGAAAUACUGCGGGACGCCCGGUUUUCAGGCCUGCACAUACUUAGCGGCCAAGAUGAAUGCAGGUCGAGAACCGGAUUUGACAAUGACGACAGAGAACUGCAGACUCUCCUCGGGGCCCUUCAGAGUAAGACGUCACACGCAAAUUCACUGCUCCCUACUGCAGUGAGGAUUGCAAAUGUCAAGUUCAGCAAGCUUCUUCGGCUAGCAGAACCUAUGGAUCCUAGUCGCCCCAUGAGCAUCUAUGGUUUGGAUUCACUGGUGGCGGUGGAGUUCCGCAACUGGGCGCGCACUACGUUAGGUGCAGAGCUUUCGACACUGGAGAUCACCAAUGCUUCGAGUUUGACGUCACUCGGUGAGAAGCUGAUUGCGAAAGCUCUUGCGGCGGCCGUUACUUAA